GCCUUUUUUGCUUAUUCUUGCACCAUUCAAUACAAAGUUUCUGUACAUAAUGUAUAUAUUAUAUAUUUUUCGAUUUUUCAUUCAGAAAGAGGAAGGAAUGAGCUGUUGUUCCUUCCUUGAUCUAACGGAAGCGGAUCUGAAUCUAAUGGAACUAAACAUGGACAGAACAGAAUUUGUUGUACAAGAAGAUGGAUCUCUGAUCUCUGAAUGUAAUGAUGACCCUAACGCUUCUCAAAGAAUAAGAGUGCGAUCUGAUAUUCAGGAAAGAAGAAAUACUCAAUCUAUGACUGGUACUAACAAGGUGCCAUUACACAUGUUUUCGCGUUUUGGAACCGUGAGAGCUACACUUCUUCAUCGUGUUGCUGAGGGCCAAGCACUGGUGUUGGCAGCCAAUGGUUCAUUUACAGAAAAUAACAGGAGAGCCUUGAUGCGCAUCCUUAUCUCAGAACUUAUCAAAGUUCAUGGUAGCUGUUAUCCUCCUGACGAGGCAAAAGUUGCCCUGGCACAGGCAAUCGUUACAGAAUUUCCUCUUUUGAGAAAUACGCGUACUAAGAAAGGAUACGAACACUACUAUGAUGAAGAAACGAGGCGAGGAUUUAUCGAGUACAGGCUAUGGAAUGUUCGCAGAACUCUUAGUCCAUCUCAGAAAAAAUAUAAAACUAAAGCUCUUGAUUCGGGCAAAACAACCCCGGUUUCGCCUAACAUUAACCUGUUAUCCCAAGAAGAACUUGAUUCAAAGAUCGCUUGGAUGAAGUGUACAAAUCCUUCGGACAGCAACAAACAGAAUAUCGCCACUCAUUUACAGGAAACACUACAAAAUCGGAGAGACUGGAUUAUUAAAAAGAGCCCAAAUAUCUCACAGAUCUUACAUGAAUAUCCGCGAUUAUUAGACUACAAUGGCGAAAUGAUUAAUAACGAAUUUCGGUAUUUCUUUAAAGAGAAAAGUGUCAAUUUUCUGGCCAGAUUUCCGUCCUAUUAUUGUCCACGAAUUUUGGAAUACGCUAAAUUGAACCGUCUGGAUGUAUACAAUCGCUUAAAAAACAUCACCGAUGUAAAUCUCCGGGCCUUGUUUAUUCUUGCGGACUUGCUGCGAAUAAAUAAUGCAAUGCUGGCACAACAAGGCGAUAAGGGAAAAGGAAAGAUGAAAGGAAAAAAGAGGCAAAGAAGUUCGGAGGAAGCAGAAAUGAUAGAAAAGGAGAAAAUUGAUGUUCCCAGUACCUUUUUGGUUCGAUUUGCGGGGACACCUUUACCACAGAGCAUCCAGGAAGCAAGUGCUACAGGUAGCAUAAUAAUACCACCGUACAUUGUUUGUACGCAGGAAGAAAAUGGCAGAAAUUCGUACUUUGUGCAAGGAGAUGGUUGGCUCAUCAAACCUCGUAAUAACAAUCCCGUGACUGCUUUUGAUUUACUUUUUAAGGUUUAUUUUGCUCUGAAAAUAUGCUACCCGGCAGGACUUCAGAUCUUUUAUAACUUUAUUGAGAGUUACGUGUAUGAUUUGGGGACCAAGGCUCGUGGUGUUGUCACAUCUUUACAUGUCAACUUGAGUAAUUUAAAGCUCGACAAAAUUGCUUCUGAAGAAUUCAUAUUUGGGUCCUAAAUUGACUAAGAAUUUAAGGAUCCGGCCCAUCAAUUGCGAAAGUUUAUUUUCGUUUAAAAACUUUAUCAAAAGAUCAUUUUAAGUUUUAGUUCACAAGUGUAAAGUAGAUUUUAAAGCGCGAUCCAUGUUUUCUAUUCUUUAUUAUAUGACAGAUUUGAACAUAUUUUAUUCAAAUUUUUUCAACGCUUUUUUUCAAGAAAAGGAAAAAGAAGAUAGUCUUGUAAGCUUUUAUAAAUAAGUUUGCAUCUUUAAACGAGAAUAAUCAUGAAUCAUCUCUUGAGAAAAUAAAAAAU